ACCUCGCCCCGAAACGUCCUCUGCUUCUCUCUCUAAACUCCUGCAAUUCCAUGGACGUGGAAGAAGACGCGAUAUGAAUGGCAUGAAGAACGGCGCCGGCGACGCCCACCUCCGCCCUCAAUCAGCGGUUGUUGCAGCCGCAGACGCCGCCUCCACCAAGUGGUUGGACCGGCGACCGGUCCAGGCCUUCAUCGUCGCCGCUCUCCUCCUCCUAGUCGCCCUCGUCGCCUACGCCGGCAGCCCCCCGGCGCUCUUCCUAAUGUCGCCUAAUCCUAUCGGUUCCCUAUCCGGAGUCGGAUCUGGCGGCCGCAACCGAUCAGGUAAGGCGCCGCCAGGGAUCGUGGGGAGUCGGAUUGCGAUCUGCCUCGUGGGCGGCGCCCGGCGGUUCGAGAUCACGGGCCCCUCGAUCAUGAAGCACGUGCUCGAGGAGUUCCCCGACGCGGAGCUAUUCCUCCACAGCCCGCUCGACGGGAACGCGCACAAACUGUCGCUGCUCAAGGCCGCGCCCAGGAUCGCCGCCGUCCGCAUUUUCCGGCCGCAGAAUGUUCCGGCGACUGACGAGGAAGAGAGGGUCCUCACCGCCAGCGGCUCGCCCAACGGGAUUCAGGGAUUGUUGCAGUACUUUAAUCUGGUGGAAGGCUGCCUGCGGAUGAUCAGGCUGCGCGAAUCGCAAGGCAAUUUCACCUACGAUUGGAUCGUGCGCACCCGCGUCGACGGUUACUGGUCCGCCGCCCUCGACGCUGCCGCCGCCUUCAAGCAAGGGACUUACGUGGUUCCGAUUGGCUCCCGGUACGGCGGCCUCAACGACCGCCUCGGCGUCGGGGACCGCGCCGCCUCCGAGGUCGCUCUCUCCCGCCUCUCCCUCAUCCCCCGCCUCUACGCCGCCGGCUACCGGCGGCUCAACUCGGAGUCGGCCUUCCAGGCGCAGCUGGCGGUUGCGAACGUGACGUGGGAGGAGGUACGCGUCCCGUUCUGCGUGGUGAGCGAGCGGCAGUACGAGUACCCGCCGCCGCAUUACGGCGUGCUAGUGGUGUCGAUGGGCAGCGCGGGACCCCUGAGCGGGGCGAAGUGCCGGCCGUGCGAGGCAACUUGCGCCGGUCAGUGCGCAGAGGAGGUGGUGGCGGGGCUCCAUCAGGGGUGGAGCUGGACGGAGUGGAGCAACGGAAGCCUGGAGGUAUGCGACGGCAGCGGCAGGUGGGCAGACGGGUGGGAGAGAAUCUACGACAGGGUCGCGGGGCGGGAGAUGGCGGCGGAGAGGAGGAGGGUCGCGGAAAUGGACGUGGGCGCGUGCGUAGUGAACUUUGAGACUAUGAGAAGGAGGACGGCGAGGUGGGAGGCGCCGCCGGCGAUUGAGGUGUGCAAGAUGGGCCUAUCAAGCAAGACGAACUCCACAUUAUAGAAGAUCUUUUCUGAAGAAAAAUUCAAACUAGAGAUUGAGGAAAGACAUUCUUUUUCCAUCUUAUUGCAUUUAGGAUGAGUUUUGUACAUAUGCUAAGUUUUAAUUAUUUUUUAAAAAAUAAAAAGAAAUGUGUUGAUGAGAUGAUAGAGGAGAGGUUUUGAUCUUUUUAGAUAGGUGGGACUUGUUUGGUGGCCAGUUUCUUCAAGUGAAAGGAAAUCAAUACUUGAAAAGUUAGGCAAAAGGGCAGAG